AUGCCGCAAAAUCAUCUCCAUAAACAACCACCUCCACCCAAAAUCAAAACGAGUUCCAGAGAGGGCCAGAAAGAUCCGUUCCAAGACCCUUCCCCUCCUUCUUGCUACCUAAUCACCCCCCCACAGCCUCCAUACUCUCCCGCAUACCAACAAGGUUCGUCGUUUCAAACCAACGACUCUUCAGACCACCUGGCCCCUCCACAUUACUCCCGUCGCUAUCAAACUGACAAAGAUGUCUCGAUGGGAUAUUCAAAUUUCUCCUCGCGGAGGACAAGCUGGAGCUCAGAAGGUGGGAGUUGGGAGAGUCGCGGGCAUCUUCUGAAUUCGUCUGGGAAGUAUUGGGAUCACUCCAGAGUAAGCAGUGUCGCUGAGGAUGAAAUAAAUACUCAGACUGUCGUGGAGAAAUAUGCUAUAAUGCCCGAUUAUGAUAAUCUGCUGGUUUAUCCCGAGGACGUGGAGAAGGACGAUUAUCUGCAUAACCCGGACCCGUCAGAUUCAGAUCGGGAUUGUGAGGUGUGCUCACGGAGAGGCGUUUUGAAUAUCGCUGGGCUUAUCAUUGUGCUUCUUGGCGCUAUGACGCUUUUCAUCAUUUAUCCCCUUUUGACGUUCUUCGACAAACUGAAGGAGGGAGAAAAACCGACUUGCGCGGAUGACUCGUUGUGUUUGGACGUUGGUCCCAUUCCGCAUCUUCAAAAUAUUCGAACAUCUCUUAUCGAUCCGGAUACGCCGCAGUCUGUGAGAUCUAUUACCUCUUCGAGUGGAAAGCAGUGGAAGUUGGUGUUUUCCGACGAGUUCAACAAAGAUGGACGGACGUUCUACGAAGGGGACGACCCGUUCUUUCAGGCGGUUGAUAUUUGGUAUGGAGUGACGGAGGAUCUAGAGUGGUACGACCCGGACGCGAUAACGACGAGAAACGGAAAACUCGAAAUUCGAUUCGAUGCUUUCAAAAACCAUGGUCUGGAUUAUCGCUCCGGCAUGCUCCAAUCCUGGAAUAAACUAUGUUUUACUGGUGGCCGCUUAGAAGCCAGCAUCUCUCUUCCAGGACGUGGCGACACAUCAGGUUUCUGGCCAGGGUUUUGGACAAUGGGUAAUCUGGGCCGUCCAGGCUACGCUGCGACUACGGAAGGAAUGUGGCCGUAUAGCUACGAUGACAUAUGCGAUGCCGGCAUUACGCCCAACCAGAGCUCGACGGAUGGUAUUAGUUGGCUGCCUGGCAUGCGGCUGCCAGCCUGCACUUGCAAGGGAGAGGAUCAUCCAAACCCGGGCAAGUCGCGAAGUGCCCCUGAAAUCGAUGUUAUUGAGGCAAGUGUGCACGCCCUGGAUCCAAAGUUACCGUCAACGAUAGGUGAUGUGUCGCAGAGUGUACAGGUCGCUCCGUUUGAUGUGUGGUAUAUGCCUAACUUUGAAUUCUACGAACUCUACAACCCGUCCAUAACCUCCAUAAACAACUAUCGAGGUGGAACAUACCAACAAGCCGUGUCAGGCAUAACAAAUAUAAACAACAAAUGGUACGACGGCAAAGAGUAUCAAGUCUACGCCUUCGAAUACAAACCCGGCAAAAACGGAGAAAUAAGUUGGUUCGUUGGUGCAGACAAGACAUGGAAGCUAGACGCUCGUGCCCUGGGACCCAACGGUAACGUAGGGCAGCGUAUCAUCCCCGUCGAGCCCAUGGCGCUUAUAUUGAACUUUGGAAUGUCCAAGACAUUCGCGCCGUUGAAUUUGACCGGAUUAGCGAAGUUGAUGCCGGCGACGAUGCGGUUUGAUUAUGUCAGGAUUUAUCAAGAUCCCGAUAAGGAGAGUGUUACGUGUGAUCCGACUGGUUAUGAAACGACGAGGUAUAUUCGGACCCAUCAAGAUGCUUAUAAUAAUCCGAAUAAGACGAGAUGGUGUGGAGCAAACGCGUUAUCCGUGGCCCAAAAAUUCAUACAUGCAUAG